GUUUAUAGGAAGUACCUGGCUAUACAAUACUCCGCCUGAAAUGUGUAGUACACCGUGGCGGUGGAUUACGGUAUAUGUCUGGUAACGUUUUUGUAUCUUUUCUUUGUCCUCUGAUAAAAAGAUGCACAGUGAUAUUCAUGCUAAUAAAUCCCGCUCCUUAGCUCUCCCGUUCCUCUCUCCCCAGUGACUGCUGGCGUGUCGGCCUUGGAGGUAUAUACGCCAAAAGAAAUCUUCGUGGCCAAUGGGACGCAAGGGAAGCUGACGUGCACGUUCAAGUCUACUAACAUGACCGGCACGUUGACGUCAGUCACCUGGAGCUUCCAGCCGGAAGGAGCCGACACCACUGUGUCGUUUUUCCACUACUCCCAAGGGCAAGUGUAUGCUGGGAAUUAUCCACCAUUUAAGGACCGAAUCAGCUGGGCUGGAGACCUUGACAAGAAAGAUGCAUCAAUCAGCAUAGAAAAUAUGCAGUUUAUACACAAUGGCACCUACAUCUGUGAUGUCAAAAACCCUCCUGACAUUGUCGUCCAGCCGGGACACAUUAGGCUCUAUGUCGUAGAAAAAGAGAUUUUGCCCUCCUUUCCAGUCUGGGUGGUGGUGGGCAUAGUGACAGCUGUGGUCCUGGGUCUCACUCUGCUCAUCACCAUGAUUCUGGCUGUCCUCUAUAGAAGGAAAAACUCUAAACGGGAUUACACUGGCUGCAACACAUCAGAGAAUGUGUCACCGGUUAAGCAGGCUCCACGGAAGUCCCCCUCCGACACAGAGGGUCUGGUAAAGAGCCUGCCUUCUGGAUCUCACCAGGGCCCAGUCAUAUACGCGCAGCUAGACCACUCCGGCGGACAUCACAGUGACAAGAUUAACAAGUCAGAGUCUGUGGUGUAUGCGGACAUCCGGAAAAACUAAGAGACGACCCCGAUCAUCUCCUAAGCAAGAAACAAAUCCAAACUGGACUCUUGGGGCAGAAAAAUGUAGCCCAUGACCACGUGUGGCCUUGGAGACCUGGGCAAGGACAAGCACAUGUUUAUUCAGAGAAGGAGAAAAAGAUGUGUAUAAAGGAUGUGUAUAAAUAUUCUAUUUAAUCUUCCUGAUGUGAGGAGCCAGUGUUGCAUGACGAGAAGAUGGUAUGAUUCUACGUAUAUGUAAAUUGUCUUGCGGUUUUUGUACUUCCAUUCAGGGUUUAAUUACAGUUGGGAAAAUUCAGACACAUUCCUCUUCGCAUCGUUUAGAAGUGGUUUGCCUUAAUGGAGGCGGCAGCAGAUCUUUUAGUAUGAUACUAGACAUGGCCUUUUAGUCUAAGGGCUUAACCCGCCUUAGCAUUGAUUUUAGCCAGAGAGUGGAGAUACUAUGAAAAAGCACGUCCAGGGUGGCCUUCGACCACGUGCACCACCUAUCGGGUUAUUGUUUUUAGAAAGCGUCGAUUCGCUAUGCCACCUGAGGACAGUUUGAGAAGUUUCUGUUGAUGUUUUUCUAAGAUACAGGGCAGUUUUUAGCUUUCUCUCUUGUGUAGACUUACUCUAACAUUACACCCUUCAAGCAUAUCGUCAUCAGAGCAAGCUGUGCAGAGGAUUAGUGCCGGAGGCCACUUCCUCCCAGAUACUGGUAGAUCAACCCCGUACGUGGACCUGGAGUAGUGACCCCAGGCCCGGCCUGAGGAGCUCUGUACCAUUUGGAGAGUAACAGGUAUCAGUUUGUAUUCUUUGCUGAAGUCCUCCCUACCUAUCAUGACAGUCCCCAUUCGGCUGAAGGAGAGGAGUUUCAUUUCCCUCUAUGUAGGCAGACACGGAAUAAUUAGACUGCCAGUCUCCAGCAUCACAGAGCUCUCUGCAGAGGGUCGUCUCUAUAAAGCUUCAGUCAUGCUUCCUGUAAGAGCAGCGUCAGUCACGGUGCAUCCACGUAGCUUCCUGGUGCCUCUGGGACCUGUGACAUUACAGAGGGUCUAGAGUUUUUUAAUCAGCAAACAAGGGUAGUACUUGUGCUUUGGGAAUCUCUUCUCUAAUCCUGGUUGUCUUAUUUUUUUUCUUCCUUUCUCCCUUCUGUUUUUCUUCUCCCCCCGCCCCCCAUUACAUGGAAUUGAUAAACAAUUAGAUGAGGAAAAAUCUAGAUAAUUUGGGCAUCCUUCCCAAAAACUCACCUUCUGCCGUUGAAUGCCCCCGCCCCCAUCUCAAACAUGUCUGUUUCUUUGAACUGGGAGUGAAAAGCCUCGUGAAAAUCUUUAAACGUGGACUUCUAUUGCCACUCCCCCGUUUUCUGGAUUCUUCUGUUUUGAAAGAAUUUUUUUCCAUUUCAAAUGGAAAGCCCACAGUUACAGGAAGAAUGCUGACGAUCUGGUCCCAGAAGGUGGUCGGGUGAGUGGGGGUGACGGGUAAUGUUAGUUCUUCUCCCAUGCAGUUUUUUCCUUCCUGUCUUGUCAUCCUUGUGAGGGAGCUUGAAGGCCGAGUUCUAAGGGAAUAAAGAAGGAUUCAGAGGUAAAGGUGUGCAUCAGGUGAUUAGAGAGAGAGAGGGCGCACGGGCUGUGAAAACAGGUCCCGCCCCGCCCCCACCCCGCACCUGCGAU